UCUCUUUUCUGUGAGGAGUCGCUGUUUUCUGCUCUCGCUCUGGCUGUGGGAGCUGAGGAGCCGCUGCGCCGCGCGGGGCCUUCGCCGGGUGUUGCUCCGACCUCGGCGGGACAGUUGGUGGCAGCACCUGAACAGGAGAGAGGAGACCUGCAAACGGUAUUUCCUGAAGCCCGAGGCCGGAGCAUUGGAUUUCGACUGAGACGGGAUGCUUUUCAAUAGAAAAUGUACGGUGCGGUCAAAGAUCUGAAGAGCCUACUGAGAGCUUCGUUUGCAAAUUCUUCAUUGAAGAAAUAGAUGCGUUCUCCUGUGAAGGAUGGAUGGUUGGGCAAGAAAACGGCAGUCUCUCCAGCUUGCAGAAGGCUUCUCCAGAUCCUCAUUCUCAACUGUGUGUCUUGGAUUCCGUUGGUAUUCAGUGAGGAGCCGGCCCCGAACCUGCCUUUUGCACCCUUUGAGAACGCUGUUCCCUGUGGAGCAACCUCUCUGUAGCCAGCACAUCUGAAAGACCUGUGGAAGGUUACGCUUUUCCCACAUAGGCCGUGGGCUACAGCGCUCGACUGAACCUUGCAGGAGCCAUCUUUGCCGUUGCUUUCUGAACAGUCUUCAUCCCUCACUUCGCUGCUUUAUCACCAGGUUCCAGUUGUGGGUACUUCACCCUUGAAAACCUGUCCUUUCCUGUGAGAGCGUCGCAUGAGGAACUUCCAUCCUCAUUUACAGAGCUGUUUACUUGCUGAACGUGCUGACUGGUGCCUGAUAGAAUCACACAAAAGCACUAAGGGAACUUUGUGGGGGUUACUGGCAUGCACGCUGGAUGGCGGCGAUGUGAGUGGCAACCGUGCUGUGACAUGAAGAUGCUGAUGGUUUAAAGAGAAGAGACCAGUUUUAAAAAGAGAGAGAGAGAGAGGCAAAGGGAAAGCAAGGAAAAAAAAAAAAGGGGGGGAAGAGAGAGAAGACCACAGCUGGAGAAAGGAAAAGGAGGACGUUUGUGGAUGACAAAAGGAUGGGUUUCCAUUUAAUUAAGCAGCUGAGAGGCAUGAGUGUGGUGUUAGUGCUACUUCCUAUGGUGCUGUUUGUUAUGCUUGCGGGGGCUCAGCGAGCUUGCCCCAAGAACUGCAGAUGCGAUGGCAAGAUUGUGUACUGCGAAUCUCAUGCAUUCAGAGACAUCCCUCAGAAUAUUUCUGGAGGGUCUCAAGGCUUAUCGUUACGGUACAACAGCAUUCAGAAGCUUAAAUCAAAUCAGUUUGCGGGCCUGAAUCAGCUCAUAUGGCUUUAUCUUGACCAUAAUUACAUCAGCUCUGUGGAUGAGGAUGCAUUUCAGGGGAUCCGCAGGCUGAAGGAAUUAAUUCUAAGCUCCAACAAAAUUACCCAUCUGCACAACAAAACGUUUCACCCAGUCCCCAACCUCCGCAAUCUGGACCUCUCGUACAACAAGUUGCAGGUGCUGCAGUCUGAGCAGUUCAAGGGCCUUCGUAAACUCUUGAUCUUGCAUUUGCGGUCUAACUCGCUGAAAACCGUGCCCAUCCGAGUUUUCCAAGACUGCCGAAACCUUGACUUUCUGGAUUUGGGCUACAACCGCCUGCGGAGCUUAUCCCGUAAUGCUUUCGCUGGCCUUUUGAAGUUAACAGAGCUCCACUUGGAGCACAACCAGUUUUCUAAGAUCAAUUUUGCCCACUUUCCACGCCUCUUCAACCUUCGCUCGAUUUAUUUGCAGUGGAAUAGGAUCCGGUCUAUUAGCCAAGGGUUAACGUGGACUUGGAGUUCCUUGCACAACUUGGAUUUAUCAGGAAAUGACAUUACAGGGGUAGAGCCUGGGACCUUCCAGUGCCUCCCCAACCUGCAAAAGCUGAACCUGGAUUCCAACAAACUCACCAACAUCUCUCAGGAGACCAUCAAUACCUGGAUCUCGCUCAUCUCCAUCACUCUGUCCGGAAAUAUGUGGGAAUGUACUCGAAGCAUUUGCCCUCUGUUUACUUGGCUAAAGAAUUUCAAGGGAAAUAAAGAAAGCACUAUGAUAUGUGCAGGCCCUAAACACAUCCAGGGUGAAAAGGUGAGCGAUGCUGUGGAAACAUAUAAUAUCUGUGCUGAAAUCCAGGUGGUGGUUACCGAAAGGUCGUACCAGACACCCAAAACCCCCCAGAGACCUGUCUUCGUUCCUAAACCUACCGUUUCCAAACUGGAGAGCAAUCAGCCGACAUCUGUGAUGCCGAGCCCUUCUGCAGACCUCCCGACACCCGGAGUGGAACCAGAGUACGAGCACGUUUCCUUUCACAAAAUAAUUGCGGGAAGCGUGGCCCUCUUUCUUUCGGUGGCCAUGAUUUUGUUGGUUAUCUACGUGUCGUGGAAGCGCUACCCAGCCAGCAUGAAGCAGCUCCAGCAGCACUCUCUCAUGAAGAGGCGCAGGAAAAAGGCCCGAGAGUCUGAAAGGCAAAUGAACUCCCCUUUACAGGAGUAUUACGUGGACUACAAGCCAACAAACUCUGAGACCAUGGAUGUAUCGGUUAAUGGAUCUGGGCCCUGCACGUAUACCAUCUCUGGCUCCAGGGAAUGCGAGGCUCUGCCAGGCGGCGGGGAGAUUGUACACAAAGGCUUUGAACUCUCUGCUCCGGCUUUUCUCCACCCGGCAAAGGUUCCUCACCACAUGAAGACUUUACCCUACUACAGUUACGACCAACCAGUGAUCGGAUACUGCCAAGCUCAUAAGCCUCUCCAUGUAAAUAAGGGGUACGAUACCAUGUCCCGGGAGCAGGCUGAGACGACCAACCUGGAACUCAGUCGAGACCACAGCUUCAUAGCUACAAUCGCGCGUUCGGCUGCUCCAGCCAUUUACAUUGAGAGAAUACCAAACUAACGAUGGCGACAGCUUCUUCAGGGGCGGAGUGGGGAGUUCUUCUGAGGGACCUUUCAUCUCGGAAGAGACCAAGGCAAGAAACUAAAAUCUGCCAUUCCAGUUGCAAAUGUUCCAACACAGACAAAGGGAAGGGGAUUAAGCAAACUCCGCAGACUGUGGAAAUGAGAACUUCAGGAUUUUCUUUGCUUUAAACUUUCAAACAAAUUCCUCAAUGUAAAUAUUAAAGAGAGAUUGUCAAGUUCUUAUUAAAAAAAAAAAAAUAGAUUUCACUCUAGCUACAUAAAGGGAUGGAUUAAGAGUUUUGUUUGUAUAUUUGAUUUUUCUACAUUGCACGGUUCCAGGGAAGGAGAACCACAGUGGUCAAGCGCUAAUAUUUCAAACUUCAGACAUGGGCAUUAAAGCUUAUGUUGAACCAAAAGGACAUUGGCAAUUGAUGCAGCAGAAACAAAGAAACUUGGGUGCAUGUACAUUUAAGACACAGGCUGUACACUACGGAGGGUGCUUUUGAUUUUUACUAUCUUCAUUGUGCUUCAUUGUUGACACUAUAAUUACUUUUCGGGCUCUAAAAAAAACGGGGAAAACACGCAACGGAGUUAAACGACUCUCGUAUUUACAGUCCAGCGGUGCUUGUUAAGCAAAAUUAAUGGACGUUGGGGAACCAAAAUGGAAGUGCUGUGCUUGAAAUGGAUCAGAAGGAAAAUCUUUUAAAGCAAGAGUAUUUGGUGAAACUCACUGGCUGACACAAUUUCUAAAACACAGGAGAAUGUGUAACAUUGGGUUUUUGUUUUUUUAAUUAAUUAUUAUGAUCAGUUAGUUUUUGUGUAGUUUUUAUCAAUAAAAUGACAACAACAACAAAAAAAAGUGGUGGAAAAAAUAAACAUAUUAUUUUGUGGUUGGGACACCACAGACAAGUUACUGUUUGAAUGAUUUCUCUGGCUGUGUGACACGGUGACUCGAUGGACCAAGGGACGAAGCUUUGUCCUCUUUCACCUCUAUCUCGCCCCUUAGAAGGA